GUGCGAAGACCGUGCGGUGGAGUUCUAUUGCCAUUACGCACUAUUACGCACGGACUUCCAGGAGAGAAGCGCUCAGCUUUAAAGGAGCGGGGUUUGGAUUGCUUGCAUAUACAGGAACAAGAAACACGUUUGAACGUUCACAACAGCCUGAUCUUCAGAGCAGAGUGAAGCAAAGCCAGCUGCCAUUCAUCCGCACAGGAAUGGUUGAUCACUUACCAUUUGGUGAGGAGACCUUCCUGUAUUACACCGGCUCCCCAAAGUCUGACUAUAGCUGCCUCUAUUGCCACACUAAUGGUGGCAUCAUGGUGACUGACGCGUGUACCUACCACCACCACCACCACCCGUACCAAGGAGUGACUCUCUCCUCCUCUCCUCGGCUCUCUGAGGACGACCUCAGUGACUCCUCCAGCCCUCGUUCGUCCCUCUGCUCCAGUCCCGAGUCCUCGUCCCCGGUGUCACGACAUGUCCUCAGCGCCAGCUACGAAAGCAGAAGCAGCAGGAGCAGUGGGAGCUGCAGCUCCUCGGGAGGAGAGAGUCAAGACAGCCUGCUAGACCUCCUGCUGUCUCAGGCCUCCCACACCACCUCAUUAAGUUCUAACACCAGCAACAGCAGCAACACUCUUUCAUCCUCUCUCUGCCUGUCCUCUCCACCUUCCUCCACAUCUUCUUCUCCUACUGUUCCCAUUUUACCUACGGGGCUGGCUUGGGAGCAACAGCUGAGUGUUCUGCAGCAGCAGGCCAUAGAGGAUUCUUACGAGUUCCCAGUCUUCCUCGAUGAGUUGCAGGAUCCUGCGGCAUUCCUGUUUCAGCCCACUCUAGAGGAGAUUGAGGAGUUCCUAGAGGAAAACAUGGUUGUGGCAGUGGAAAAAGAAGAGGAAAGGUGCGAUGAGGCGAUGUCCCCAACGUCAGAGGAUGUAGAUGCAGAAAAUUCAAGGACAUUAGCAGGAGAACUAGUGUCACAGAACUCGGAUCAAACUGUGCCUGUGGCUCAUUCUCCACUCUCCUCCCACACAGAGACCAAACAUGCACCAUGUGCAUCAGACAUGGACAGCUCAUCAUCAUCGGUAGAUGCUAGCUGUGUAACUAGCUCUGCUACCAGCCAUGCAGAAGGGAUCAAACAGGAGGACUCUGGAUCACUGCCUUCCUCAUCCGAAAGUUCCAGCUCUGCUUCUCCUGUGCCUGUCAUCCUACAAAUCCAGCCUAUACAGAUCAAACAGGAACCAAACUCCAGUGCCAUAUCAGAAUCUGACACACAGAAUCCCGAGAAAUCCCAGUCCCAACAAACCCUGGCCCCAACUGAUAUCAAAAUAGCUCAGCUCCUGGUUAACAUUCAGGGGCAGACUUUUGCCUUAGUGCCUCAGCUGCUUUCUCCAGCUAACGUCGCAAGCUCAAGCAAAGCCGGGAUCACCACUUCGUCCAAAUUUGUCCGGAUCGCGCCGGUGCCCAUCGCAGCUAAACCCACAGGGCUUGUGGAAGGUGGGUUAGGUGGCGGUUCGGUUACAGGGGUGCUUUCUGGAGGUCAGAGGUACCAGAAGAAUGCGGUCGCAGACCUUAUUAAGAUGCACAAGUGCUCUUUUCCUGGCUGUAAUAAGAUGUACUCCAAGAGCAGCCACCUUAAAGCCCAUCUGAGGAGGCAUACGGGGGAGAAGCCGUUUGCUUGCACGUGGCCUGGCUGUGGAUGGAGAUUUUCUCGAUCGGACGAGCUAUCCCGACACCGCCGCUCCCACUCAGGAGUGAAACCAUACCAGUGUAUAGUCUGUGAGAAGAAGUUUGCUCGCAGUGAUCACCUGUCGAAACACCUCAAAGUCCACCGCUUUCCAAGAAGCAGCAGGACAGGACGCUCUGCAAAUGGACCCCUCUGACCCUGCUCUGGCAGCCUGACAGACAUGAGGGAAGGGGAGGGAAUGUGACGAAAGACAGAGGAGGGUGGUGGGGUGAUAGUCCAGAUGCCCUUUAAAGGAGUUUGCGCCGGACUCCUUUUUGCCCAAGUGUGUUUAUGUUCAAAUACGUGUGCGUGACGUACACUCAUGGUACUGUGAUAAUUUAUUGGGUGACAAGGAAAAGACUGUAACGAACUAAAACAGAAAACUGUUACUUGACAAAGCACCCUCACAGGUGGAAUAAGCUUCUUGUAUAUUACAACUUUAUUCUCAGAUAUUUUAGCUAACCUAAUUUGGAGAAAGAUCUGCUAUUUUUUACACGUUGGGGUGUGUGUUAUUGCUAUGUUCAAUCAAAAGCCUUAUAUCAAUAAAAGGUAUAACACUGGGGGGUUGGCUACUAUUUAAAACUAGGGAUGCUAUAGCGACUAAUUUGCUAGUUGUUUAAACAAGAAAAAAAGGAAUCAGGUUAGCUGACUUGUCUAAAAGGUAGAAAACAUUCAAAACUUAAUGGACGAGGUUAAACAUUGGCUGUCUCUAAGAGCUAUGUGAAACUUUCAAUCGCGUUCCUCCUUGAUCAGAUUGCAUUUUAAAUGUCUCUGACAUGUGUGGCACUCUGAGCUGCAUGUAAUGUUGCACACAGACACAAUGAUUAGUUUGCCAUUAGCUUGCAUGCUAGCACAGGUGACAUUCAACCAUUCAUUUUCUGCGUCAAAAUACUGCUGAACCAAGCUGGUUAGCGGUAAUCUGCUUACUUUCCAUCUUGCUACCAGGUGUACCAGUCUGUGUAACUGACUAGUAUUUCUGGUGCUGACUAGCAAUAGCAGUAGGAUUUAAACAUCUAGUUGACUAGUCACAUGCAUCCCUGUUUAAAACCUCCACUUUUUAUACUCUUCCUGGAGCCAAAUGUUUUGAAAAGUAAUACUAGCAAAAACUUACUGCUUAAUGGCUUGAAUUUCAUUUGUUGCACGGCAACAAGAGCUUACUGGGCAUACUAUUAGGGAGUAAUGGGGACUAUUAAGGUCUUGGUUUAAUUCUUUCUCAGUAGAUAAAAAGAUAUACCAACAUUCCAUUAGCUUUGAAUAAGUCUCUUUGUUGCCUUAGACCUCAAACACAAGAACAAAGCUCAAGUUGAUGUUGAAUUACUGCUCACCAACAAAUAUCAUGUAAUUUGCACUGAUACACAUGACAUUUUUGGUUGUCUGCCCAUACUGAGAAUUCUGAGAAUUUUGUGUUUUCUUACUGCAGUCUGACUCUUUUUGAUUCAUCUUGUCAAAAAAUUACUUAUCGUAAUAAUUAUA